AAGUCUUUUCUCUGCCAUCCAAUCACGUCGUGUAUUCAGCUUUGCCACUCCACGCGAACUAGUGAUCCAAGCUCAGCAGCUCACGACCACACUCGCACAAGACGUCAGGUUUUCUAAAGUCGGCAAAUGCCCAGAUCCUCUACGUUUUUCCCGCGCUACCUUGCAGUGCGCGGCUCAACCCCGUUUCUAGCGCGUGCAGAUUCCUCCACGCCUCCUCAUGUCCGCUGGCGCUUAGAGCUGCCGGCUCAAUGGCAUACGGCCCACCAACGCCGCACCAAAUCUUCUCGCCGGCGCAGGGAUCCGCCUCUGCAUCUCAACACUGCUUGUGUGCGAGGCGUGGUUGAAAGAGGGGUCAAGCGUAGGAGUCUGCCUUGUGUGACGUUGGGUGGAAUUUCGAAUGAGUGUGGGCCGGUAUCUCGGUGUCGUGUUACAUUUGAACUCUGCACCACGAUGCAUGCUCGUUGGAGGCAUGCUCGUUGGAGGAAUACUCAUUGGAGGAAUACUCAUUGGAGGAAUGCUCAUUGGAGGAAUGCUCAUUGGAGGCAUACUCGUUGGAGGAAUGCUCAUUGGAGGAACGCUCAUUGGAGGAAUGCUCAUUGGAGGUAUGCUCAUUGGAGGCAUGCUCAUUGGAGGCAUACUCAUUGGAGGAAUGCUCAUUAGAGGUAUACUCGUUAGAGGUAUACUCAUAUACACCCACGUCACAUCCUCUGCUCACUCCUCCGGUUCAACAUCAACGUCAACACCAUGCUCUUCUACAAUCCAACCGCAGAAUCUCUCCCAUCUCUGAGUCCACUCCUUCAGCCUUUUAGCGCGCUCG